GACACUAACAAAAGGAGAAUGCUUCGUCGUACUUGCGUCACUGUCAGCAGUAUGGGGGCACUUCAACAUGCAACAUGGUCGUCAGUAGGUGGCCAUCCCUGGGCCAGUUUUCAUCCCUCGCAAGCGUUGCGUAUUCUGCUUGACGUCAAAAGUCCUGCCUAGCAGUUGUGAUUGAUAGCGCAGCGCGGUGCUGAGUAUCGUCUUUUUCCAAAGAGCACCAUAGCCUGGAGUCGGCCGUCCCUGUGUCAGAUCCAAUCCUGUCUGUCAGAAAUGCAAACUAUGGACUCAGCAUAGACAGCAUUGCAGGCGGCCCUCUGAGGGUCUGCACAAGGGUGUUCCCAUGAAGCCCCCAUCGGGGCCCAAGCAGGAGGGAUUGGCCAAGCCGGAGCUGACUGUCUCCCCUCCCGUCUCUCCCCCCGGCCAUUCUGUGCGGCGUUCGCGCCAGUCGCAGGUUUCCCCACUGCAGGCCUCCCCUCACCUCCCACCAGGCUCCCGCAAGGGAGGGGUGCCGGGCGAUGCCGAGCGCCCCCCCACCAAGAGCAAGGCUCCAGCUGCCGAGCUGGCGGAGGGGCCCAAGAAGGUACGGCAGCCCCUGCUGUUGAGCGCUGGCUCCAAGGGCAGCCCCCCGAAAGGACCAGAGCCCCUGCGGCGCGCCAUUGCGGAGUGCACGUCCGGUGCGGGGAGCCGGGGCGUGGCGGCGGACCGCGUGCUGCAGGAGUACCUGAGCCAGGCCGCCACGUGCGACCUGGCGUACGAUUUGCUGCUGGAGCAUGCGCGCACCGAGGUGGCGCGCAGCCCGGGCGUGGUCCUGGCCACCAUCCGCCUCCUCAAGCGCAUCCUUUUCCGCUACCUGCCCAGUGCGGGCACGCUGGAGGCCAUCGACGCCUUCUGUGCGCAGCUCAUGGCAGAACUGAAUGAGGCUGCAGCGGCCAGGCACACGCUCUCGGGGCUGGGCCCCCUCCUGGGCCCCAGGUCAGAGGUGGCGGUUAGCCCCCUCGGUGGCUUCUGCAAGGACUCUGCAGCGGUGGUCCGGUCACUGGCGUUUUUGAGGGCGUUUGUGGCGCGGCAAGUGGGGCCCAUCAGCAGUACCCAGAGGCUGCCGCGUGGCGGGGAGGUGGCGGGCGAGUCGCGUGGCAAGGGCAGGGCAAAGGUUUCCGAGGCAGCACGGCAUGAGGCGGUGCCCGUGGGGCCCGAACACAAGAAGGUUGGGGCGCAGGAGGCGAGGGACUUCCUGGAGGAGGACGUGUUCAGCUGGCGGUGGAUCCUGCGGCCCAGCGCGAAGGGCGGGAAGAAGCAGCCCGCGUGGGCGCCGUCGCCGGUGCUGCUGGGGAGUGGGGGCCUGUCCCGCCCCAUACCCCGUCCCGUGCGCACCCUGACUGACUCGGGUGCGGCUGCCCUGCUCCUCCAAUCCACGCCCCUUCCCCAGAGCGUGAGCAGCGAGGUUCGCGCUGGCCCCAAAGCUCAGCUGGCGUCCGACGUCCCUGCUUUGAAUCAGGCCUCCCCCCUCGACCCCGACACCCGCAGGCAGACCUCUGCCGCCUUGCCCGCUGCGGACGCUGCGCUGCUGCAGUCACACAUCCGCACCAUUGCGGCCGCCAAGCGGCGGCCCGAGAUGGGGCCGAGGAGCAGCGUCGAGCUGCUGAAAGGCACUCCGGCCAAGCGUCGCACGCGCCCCUUGUUCCACUACCGGCCAUACGCAGAGCAGCAGGCCCUCCGGCUGAGCGAUGCUGAGAUGGCGGACGUGCUGGCCGCCGUGUGUGCGGACUCUGCGCCCCAGGGGAAGGGCCCUGCGCCGCCCGACCCUGGCGUAGGGUCCCCGGCGGAUGUGGCGGGCAGCGUGCUGAUCAAGCUGCUGCUGGACCUGUACUGCGCGGGGCCCAGCCUGGCGGGGCCGCUCACGCUGCGCCUCCUGCUGGAGAUGCUGGCUGCUGCAGCGCCCGCGGUGCGCUGCCGCGCGUUCGACCUGGUGCUCAACCUGGGGGUACACGCGCACCUCAUCGACCCGGCUGCCAUGCACCCGGACGACGCCCCACCGCCGCCGCACGAUGCCAGUUCUCCCGCCAGGCCCGGGCAGGCGAACGGCGCAGGGGGCCGCGCUGCGGUGGCGCAGUUUGAGGAGUGGGCGGUGGCGCUGGUGCGCGAGAUGCUGCUGGCGCUGGUGCAGGCGGGGGAGCGGGAGGAGGCGGUGUGGGUGGCGGGCCUGAGCUGCCUGCUGUACUAUGCCGCGGAUCAGGGCCACAUUUGUCGCCCCAAGGUGGACGGCCUCGAUGUGCGGAUCCCGGCGGCCCUGCUGGCCAUGAGCCGGCGCCACUGCUGGGCCGAUGGCGUGCACACCGCCCUGGUGCGCCUGGCUGUCAACCUGCUGUACGACGGGGGGAAGGGCACGGGCGGGAAGCGCUCGGAGGGCGGCCUGAACGGGGUCACUGCGGAGGGGCGGCGCGCGCCCACGCUGGACGUAAAGCGGCUGGAGGCACUGGGCGGAGUCGCGUGGGUGUGCCACGAGUACGCGGAAGGGCGCUCCAGGGAGGUGCGCCGGAACAUGUUUGCGGUGCUGUUCGACUUGGCGGUGCUGCGGUACAGCCAGCAGUGUGCAGACGAGCGGCGCGCUCCGCCGGGCGAAGAGGAGGUGUGCGCAGUGGCCGCCGCGCUGGGCCUGGCCGACGCGCCGGAGGCGGUGGUGCUGGGCUUCAAGCUGGGCCUGCCAGGGACGGCCGACGCAGUGCGGCAGGCCAUCAUGGCCGCCAUGCAGCGGGACGUCACCUCCGGCCGGCUCAACUCAGAGCUCCUCGCUGCGGUCACCUCCACUUUGGACGACCUCGCGCUGAGCAGUGCCCGCCCGUCCGCGGCCUUCGCCCCCCAGCUGGCCAUCACCGCCGCAUCGGACCCUCUCCUCGCACCUUCCGGCUCCGCUCGCUCCUCCCCCUCCCGCUCGUCCCUGGGCGCGAGCGUCGCUUCCGAGGCCGCGGGCCAGCCGCUGGCGCCCCCCUGGAGACGGCUUAGCCAGGGCAGCGCUCCCAGCAGCGACCCUGAGGCGCUGGCCACGGCGUGGGCUACCCUGCGCGCGCUCCUACUCUCGCCCCGCGAAUCCGACCGCAUCCACGGCCGCUGCUGGCUGACGGAGCUCCUAAGUGGGGGAGCAGGCACACGAGAGGCGGCCGGCCUGCGACCACUAAAGGGGUCUCCCGCGGAACGCCUGAGCGCCACGCUGCGGGCGAGCCUGGAGCGGCGCCAGCGGCAGCAUCGCCCCUCCUCGUCCGGCGACCCUGGCGGGCAGGCGAGCCCCGGGCCAGAGAGCGGCGCCGAAGAGGAGGCGUGGGCGGGGGUGCAGCUGCUGGGCGAGCUGCUGCAGUGCCCCGAGCGCGAGGUGCAGGCGGUGUUCUUCGAGGUGGUGGACCGCGCGCUGCUGGCGGCCGAGACGGACGGCGCUGCGGCGAACCCCGAGCAGGCGGCGGAGGGGGCCGUGGCCCUGCUGAGUGCGGCGUGCCAGCUGGUGGUGGAGGCCAACAGCGCAGACACGCCCACCGUGCUGCGGAUGUGCCACCUCCUGUUCCGCCAGUUGUGCGCGCGCAGGCCCCUCCCACUUCCCCGCGACUCCCCUCUGGAGGGUCCCCUUCCCGCCCUCCUCUUGGCUGGCCGCCUGCUGGCGUCGCCCCGCCUCCUCGCGCGCCUGCCUGUCGCCCUCCUGCAGUGGCCCCUCCUGCGCCUGCCGGCCACCCCCGUCGAAGGGAUCGCGCUCACCGCCGCUGUCGGCAGCCGGGGCGGCAGCGGCCCGGGGAGCAGCCUCAGCGACGUCAGGGCUGCCAUGCUGCUGCUGCUCAUCAGCAGGUGCGAGGAGAGCGUGGCGGCGUUCCAGGCGGUGGGCGGGGCCUUCUUCGAGGCGGUCCUGGACGACCCCGACCCGCGGCUGGCGCUCUACGUCAGCACGUUCCUGCUGCGCCGCAUGGCCCGCCAGCAGCCCGACGGGUACCGCACCGCACUGCAGCGCCUCGUCUUCCACGCCCAGCAGAGCAACAACGAGAAGCUGCUCGAGAACCCGUACCUCCAGAUCCGGGGACUUCUGCGGGAGCAAGCACAAGCUGAGGCUGAGGGGGUGCCAACGGAACGGUUUGAUACGGAGACUGACGCAGAGGCUUGACAGACUGAUUCCUGGUUAGCCGUAGAGACCGGGCCAGCCAGCCGCGCUGGUCCAAUGUCCAAGGUACGCAGAUUGGGCCUCUCCAGGAGCAGGAGUUUCAAAUAUGAUUGCAAGUUGUGGUCUUCAGCCUGCUCUCGUGACAGCAUCCCCACUGUGACCACUGGGCGAACUACUACUUUCAAGCUGUGGCGUUCUCUGAGCAGUGGCUCCACUUAUGCAGCUCAAUUUCCACACACGGUGCUGCAAUUUGAAAGAUUAACAGAGCUAUCUUGUUUUGAUGACCUCAGCGGUUACGUCUUUCUCUGCCAUGCAGCAGCAUGUUUG